AUGUCGGCUUCCCCCUCGAAGGACCUGGAGGUGGAAGUCGGAGCACAGUCGCCUGACGAACAGGAGCACAUGGAUAGAGAUCAGCCGGAAACGUCGCAACCACCGCCUGUGUUUGAUUUCGAGGUCAAAGAACAGGACCGAUGGCUGCCAAUUGCAAAUGUUGCUCGAAUCAUGAAAACAGCGUUGCCAGAGAACGCCAAAAUUGCAAAGGAAGCAAAGGAAUGCAUGCAGGAAUGUGUGAGCGAGUUCAUAUCAUUUAUAACCAGCGAGGCAUCCGAAAAAUGUCAACAAGAAAAACGCAAGACUGUCAACGGCGAAGAUAUUCUGUUCGCCAUGACAUCCCUGGGAUUCGAAAACUACGCAGAGGCCUUGAAGAUAUACCUCGCCAAGUAUCGCGAAAGGAACCAGUCAGAGGGGGGGUCGAGGGGCGGUGGGGGGUACGGAACAGGGAAUGCAGUUGGCACAGCAACAUCAUCAUCAUCCACCUACAGGGGGAGAUCCGAGAGCGCCAACCAGACGUUAACCCCACCAAUGGAAGGAGACGAACACCAUCAGUAUAACGAUGUCUACGGUAACGGAGACGGACCCUACUAG